AUGGCAAGUGUCAUGCGUUUGCUGCGCGAUGAAGUUAACCAAAUUGUGACCAGUAAUGUCCGUCUCCGACAGCAAUGGGUAGACGUUAACUUACGGUGGAAUCCUGAAGACUAUGGAGGAAUCAGAAAGAUCAGAGUUCCUUCAUCUGACAUAUGGAAACCUGACCUUGUGUUAUACAACAAUGCUGAUGGUGAUUUUGCCAUCAUCCAUGAAACUAAAGUCCUGCUAGAGUACACUGGCAAGAUCAUAUGGAACCCUCCAGCCAUCUUUAAGAGUUACUGCGAGAUUGUUGUCCUUCACUUCCCAUUUGACCUACAGAACUGUACUAUGAAAUUGGGAACCUGGACAUACGAUGGCCUGCUGGUCGUAAUCAACCCGGAGAGUGAUCGACCUGACCUCAGUAACUUCAUGGAGUCAGGUGAAUGGGUGCUAAAGGACUACAGAGGGUGGAAGCACUGGGUGUACUAUACUUGCUGUCCUGACACACCAUACCUGGACAUUACCUACCAUUUCCUGAUGCUGCGACUGCCUCUCUAUUUUAUCGUUAACGUCAUAAUUCCCUGCAUGCUGUUCUCUUUUCUCACGGGAUUGGUCUUCUACCUGCCUACUGACUCUGGUGAAAAGAUGACUCUCUCCAUCUCUGUCCUGCUGUCUCUGACUGUCUUCUUGCUGGUUAUUGUGGAGCUGAUCCCCUCCACUUCGAGUGCUGUUCCCCUCAUAGGGAAAUACAUGCUCUUCACAAUGGUAAUGGUCAUUGCCUCUAUCAUCAUCACUGUUAUCGUCAUCAACACACAUCAUCGCUCACCAAGUACGCACACCAUGCCGGGGUGGAUCCGUAAGGUCUUCAUUGAAACCAUUCCCAACAUGAUGUUCUUCUCAACAAUGAAGCGUCCCAGUCAGGAGAUCCGGCAGAAGAGGCUAUUCCCUACUGACAUGGACAUUUCCGACAUCUCAGGUAAUCCUACCCCGACGGCUGUCACCUAUCAGUCCCCCAUUGUUAAAAACCCUGAUGUUCGUAGCGCAAUCGAGGGGGUGAAGUACAUCGCAGAGACUAUGAAGUCAGAUGAAGAAUUUAACAAUGCAGCAGAGGAGUGGAAGUUCGUUGCCAUGGUUUUGGAUCACAUCCUGCUCUGUGUGUUCAUGGCUGUGUGCAUCAUCGGGACUCUUGCUGUCUUUGCUGGGAGACUCAUUGAGCUCAACACACUGUAGAGGCCUUCAUGAUGGAGGAGAAUGCAUUUAUCCCACUGUCCCUCACGCACAGAUAGGCAGUCAAAGGUCGAGCUAAUUUCAAAAUUCUGUUCAGGGCCUUUAAUUGUGUUGACUUUGAAUGUGCAGAUAUUUUUUACUUUUAUUGAGGAGUCUGCAGUAAAAACUCCAGGCAUCUCACAGGUAUGACGAUACACAAAUAUCUUGAUGGGUUAUACUGGGUCACACAAAGCUGUUCUUGUUAUUAACAAUCCAGCAUUUUUCUAUUGUUUCUCUUGUAUUUCUACAGUUGGUGAUUGCUGCCCUCACAAUUGCGCAGACUGUUAUUUUACAUGUAAAAUCACGAACAGUAGUUGUUACGUUGUCAUAUUUGGCAGCUUGAUUUAAGGUUUGUGUGAUUGGUUCUCUUAAAUGUUAUUGUCAGAUGUUGUCUUGGAUUAUUUUCCCCUUGGAACUUUGAUUGAUUGGUUUUGCCAGACAUUCAGUUUGACAAUAUCUUAAGGGGUUUUUUCUACUAUACUCACAAGAUAAUAGCAAGGUUUUAUCAAGUAAAUUUUUCCAAAAUAUGUUAAAGUCAAGCGGAUCUUUAGUUACCCUAUAGCAAGUAAAAGUGGUUCAAAUAAUUAAGAUUGGUUAGUCAGCUUUGAUUCCAUUAAGUGAAAAACAAUGGAAAUACCACAGCUGCAGUAUUGGCCAAUGUGCUUUAACAAGCUAAAGACAGCUUGAUGUAUGUAUGCAGCUGCGACAGACCAUUUAUUUUAGUAUAAUGAUAUGGUUCAGUCCUGCUGUCUGUGUUAAUCAUUUGUUUGUUUUUUUGUUUUAAUUUGUAGUUUUCUAGAUGUGGAAUAAAGUGAAAAAUAACAUUUUGUUUUAGUGUUAUGAAGUUCAGACUACACUGACAAAUCACUGGAUGUUUUCAUUUCUUGUCAUGUUCAAGAAUCCAGUUUAA